UGUCAACAAGAGCAGCGAGCGGAGGCAAACUGGCAGGUGUACAAGUUCAUUUACAUGCAUACGUAUAUUCACGCCACUAUAUAUAGAAGUUGACUUAGGGACGAACAGCCUUAAUAAGUUUCUCCACCCACCCGCCGGCCCUGCUGCAGCCCCCACGCACCGGGCGUGUGCGUGUGUCUAUAUAUACACCACACAGGCUUUUAUUCCUCUCCGCAAUCUGUAUCCGAGAGGGCUGCCGGCCGUCGGUUUGGCUGUGAGGGCAGGAGUCGUCGCAUGGACUGACAUGGCCACCGACCUCGCCAUGAGCGCAGAGCUGCCCAACAGCCCUCUGGCCAUUGAGUACGUUAACGACUUUGACCUGAUGAAGUUUGAGGUGAAGAAGGAGCCACCGGAGGCCGAUCGCUACUGUCACCGGCUCCCGUCCGGUUCUCUGUCCUCCACCCCGAUCAGCACACCUUGCUCCUCCGUGCCUUCCUCGCCGAGCUUUUGCGCCCCGAGUCCCGGAGCUCAACCCAACCAGAGUCUCCCCAACGGCGUCACCAGCAGCGGGAGCAGCAACAACAGCAGUGGCAACAACAAUCACAGCAACGGGGGCAAACCUCAGCUGGAGGAUCUGUACUGGAUCCCCAGCUACCAGCACCACAUCAACCCAGAGGCGCUCAACCUGACCCCGGAGGACGCAGUGGAGGCCCUCAUCGGUAACGCACACCACCAUCACCACCAAGCUUACGAGGGCUUCAGAGGGCAGCAGUACGUCGGGGAGGAUCUGUCCACGGCCUCGGCGGCGCACCAUCACCAGGCCCAUCACCACCACCACCAUCACCACCACCACGGACACCACCACGCCCGCCUGGAGGACCGCUUCUCGGACGAGCAGCUGGUGAGCAUGACGGUGCGGGAGCUGAACCGGCAGCUGCGGGGCUUCAGCAAGGAGGAGGUGAUCCGUCUCAAGCAGAAGAGACGCACCCUGAAGAACCGGGGCUACGCGCAGUCCUGCCGCUUCAAGCGAGUGCAGCAGAGGCACAUGCUGGAGACGGAGAAGUGCACCCUGCAGAACCAGGUGGAGCAGCUGAAGCAGGACGUGGCUCGCCUCGCCAAGGAGAGGGAUCUUUACAAGGAGAAGUAUGAGAAGCUGGCCAGCCGGACCUACAAUGCCGGUGGACCCGCAAACACGAGAGAUCCGUCCGGGAAACAGGCCAACACCGAGUUCUUCAUGUGAGAGACU